AGGCUGGCCAGCUGCGUGUGCCACACUCACUACAGAACUUGGAAUUCAGAGGAGGACUCCAACUGGUAAAAUGACAAAAGAUAAGGUCACCGGGACUUUGGUUUUCGCUGUCGUCACAGCUGCACUAGGUUCUUUCCAGUUUGGAUAUGAUAUUGGCGUGAUCAACGCACCUCAAGAGGUAAUAAUAUCCCAUUAUGAAUAUGUUUUGGGUAUUCCACUGGAAGACCGAAAAGCUAUCAACAACUAUACUAUCAACAGUACAAAUGACCUGCCCACAAUCCCAUACCUAAGGGAUUCAACACCAACCUCUUUGGCGGAGGAAGAGACUACAACAUCUACUAGCCUCAUCACCAUGCUCUGGUCCUUGUCUGUGUCUAGCUUUGCAGUUGGUGGAAUGAUUGCAUCCUUCUUUGGUGGGUGGCUUGGAGACCAGCUUGGAAGAAUCAAAGCCAUGUUGGUAGCAAAUGUUCUCUCAUUAGCUGGAGCUCUCUUGAUGGGGUUUUCCAAACUGGGACCAUCUCACAUUCUUAUAAUUUCAGGAAGAAGCAUAUCAGGACUCUAUUGCGGGCUAAUUUCAGGCUUGGUUCCAAUGUACAUUGGUGAAAUUGCUCCGACCACACUCAGGGGCGCCCUUGGCACACUUCACCAGCUGGCCAUUGUCACAGGCAUUCUCAUUAGUCAGAUUGUCGGCCUGAACUUCAUCUUGGGCAGUCAUGAGCAGUGGCAUAUCCUGCUUGGUUUGUCUGCUCUGCCAGCCAUCCUCCAGUCUCUGCUGCUCCUCUUCUGUCCUGAAAGCCCCAGAUACCUUUACAUCAAGUUGGAUGAGGAAGUCAAAGCAAAGAAAAGCUUGAAAAGACUCAGAGGAAGUGAUGAUGUCACCAAAGACAUCACUGAGAUGAGAAAAGAAAAGGAAGAAGCAUCAAGUGAACAAAAAGUCUCCAUAAUUCAGCUCUUCACCAAUUCCAGCUACCGACAGUCUAUUAUAGUGGCAUUGAUGCUGCAUAUGGCCCAGCAAUUUUCUGGAAUCAAUGCGAUAUUUUACUACUCAACCAGCAUUUUUCAGACUGCUGGAAUCAGCCAACCUGUUUAUGCAACCAUUGGAGUUGGUGCCGUCAACAUGGUUUUCACUGCUAUCUCUGUAUUCCUUGUGGAGAAGGCAGGGCGACGCUCCCUGUUUCUAAUAGGAAUGAGUGGGAUGUUUGUCUGUGCUAUCUUCAUGUCCGUGGGACUUAUACUACUGAAUAAGUUGGCUUGGAUGAGUUACGUGAGCAUGGUAGCCAUCUUCCUCUUUGUCAGUUUCUUUGAAAUUGGGCCAGGCCCCAUCCCCUGGUUCAUGGUGGCGGAGUUCUUUAGUCAAGGACCGCGGCCUGCUGCUUUAGCAAUAGCUGCAUUCAGCAACUGGACCUGCAAUUUCAUUGUAGCUCUGUGUUUCCAGUACAUUGCGAAGUUCUGUGGACCUUAUGUGUUUUUCCUCUUCGCUGGAGUGGUCCUGGCCUUUACUCUGUUUACAUUUUUCAAAGUUCCGGAAACCAAAGGAAAGUCCUUUGAGGAAAUCGCGGCAGAAUUCCGAAAGAAGAGUGGCUCAGCCCAAGCGCCCAAAGCCGCCGUGGAAAUGGAAUUCCUUGGAGCCUCAGAGACUGUGUAAAGAUUAUCUGAUUUGGGACAUAAAAAGGAAUAGAAAGGAGGUUGUGUGUUUUUAAAUGACAGUUCUUUGAGAAUGUUAUAUCUACAUCUUGAAGGAUUGUUUUCUUUUUUAGAGAACGUUUCUGGGUUCUUCUCAGUAAUGUCAUCAAAUAUUACCAAAAAAAGUAUUUUUUUAAGUUAGAGCAUCUAUUUUUGAUAGUAAGACUCUGUAAUUAAGUAAACCAAAAGUCUAGCUCAUUUUGCUCUCCCAAAGGGCAAGUACAUUCUAAUGUUGCUAGCUCUACUCUUUUUUUUUUUAAGAGGGGGUGCUGGGGAGGGGAAGAAAGAG